ACCGGCCACAAGAGUGUGCCUGUGAGGAGCCCGCAGAUUUUUUUUCCCCCUGCCAAACCAGAAUUAGCCGGUAUAGGAAUAUACCAACGCGGAGAUCUGAAAUUGCACGGAUUGGAAGAAAGCUCUGGGUAGGCUCGGAUCCUUCCAAACGCACCCUUUUUAAAGGCUCCGGGAAGGAAGCGUCGAGCCUUAGACUCCAGAAGGUUCACCUGGCCAGACAGUGAACAGAGGGCGAGUCCGGGAGCCCCCGCACGGAGCGCACGGAGCGAGGCGAAGAGCCGAGCUCCCGGCGCGGCAUCUUCAGGAUGCAGGUCGACAUUACCACCAAUCCCCAUGCCCAGCGACCCUGGGUUCUCCGAACGGACCUGCGAGUUCACAGGUCGAGACUGGGAGCCGAGUGAUACCGUAGCCUCUCGGGCUGCGUGCAAAAACCUUAGAAAAUGUAUGCGAGUCAUGAAGAUAUCGGGUAUGACCUUGAAGAUGAUAGAAAGGCUAAGAAUAAGAAGACGCUGAAGCCCCACCCGGAUAUCGAUGGCGGGUGGGCCUGGAUGAUGGUCCUCUCUUCCUUUUUUGUUCACAUCCUCAUCAUGGGCUCCCAGAUGGCCCUAGGGGUCCUCAACGUGGAGUGGCUUGAGGAGUUCCACCAGAGCCGUGGUCUAACCGCCUGGGUCAGCUCCCUGAGCAUGGGCAUCACCUUGAUCGUGGGACCUUUCAUCGGCUUGUUCAUUAACACCUGCGGGUGCCGCCAGACUGCAGUCAUUGGAGGGCUGGUGAACUCCCUCGGCUGGGUGUUGAGCGCCUAUGCAGCCAACGUGCAGUCUCUCUUUAUUACCUUUGGAGUGGCAGCGGGCCUCGGCAGUGGGAUGGCCUACCUGCCUGCAGUGGUCAUGGUGGGAAGGUACUUCCAGAAGAGAAGAGCCCUGGCCCAGGGCCUCAGUACCACGGGGACAGGGUUUGGGACGUUCCUGAUGACCGUGUUGCUGAAAUACCUGUGCGCGGAGUAUGGCUGGCGGAACGCCAUGUUCAUCCAAGGUGCUCUGUCCCUGAACCUGUGUGUCUGUGGGGCGCUCAUGAGGCCCCUCCCUCCUGAGAAGGUAGAACACUGCGCAGGAGCAGAAGAGCCGUGUGCUCUCCCAGCUUAUUCCACUGAAUCUGCAAAGUCCGGAGGAUCCCUGGGCAUGACUGAAGAACAGGACAGGAGGCCCGAGAAUGAGGAGACGGUCUGUGACCUUCAAACACAGGAGUGUCAGGGUCAAACCCAUCCCAGGAAGAAUGUGUGUGCCUUCCGGGUUCUGAAGACAGUGAGCCAGCUCACUAUGCGAGUCCAGAGGGGCUUUAGGGACUGGCACUCGGGCUAUUUUGGGACAGCUUCACUCUUCACCAACCGCAUGUUUGUAGCCUUUGUUUUCUGGGCUCUUUUCGCAUACAGCAGCUUCGUCAUCCCUUUCAUCCACCUGCCCGAAAUCGUCAGUUUGUAUAACUUGUCUGAGCAAAACGACGCGUUCCCUCUGACCUCGAUUAUAGCAAUACUUCACAUCUUCGGGAAGGUGAUCCUGGGGGCCGUGGCCGACCUCCCCUGUAUCAGCGUCUGGAACGUCUUCCUCAUCGCUAACUUCACCCUCGUCCUCAGCAUCUUCCUUCUGCCUCUGAUGCACACCUACUCGAGUCUGGCUGUCAUUUGCGCCCUCAUUGGGUUUUCUAGCGGGUAUUUCUCCCUCAUGCCCGUGGUGACAGAGGAUCUGGUUGGCACUGAGCAUUUGGCCAAUGCCUACGGCAUCAUCAUCUGUGCCAAUGGCAUCUCAGCCUUACUAGGACCACCAUUCGCAGGAUGGAUCUUCGACAUCACCCAAAAAUAUGACUUUUCCUUUUAUAUAUGUGGUUUGCUUUACACAGUAGGGAUACUCUUUUUGCUCAUUCAGCCGUGUAUUCAGAUGAUAGAACAAUCCAGAAGGAAGUGCAUAGAUGGUGCACAUGUUUAGUGUCCUGUGGGUUCCCUCCUCGUGCCUACCUCACCUGGCUCCUAGAGGAACGCUCUGUGUGAUGACGGGUAGUGUCACUUGUGAAUGGCAUUGUCAUUGCUUCAUCUGUAAGCAGAGUGGCCUCUCUGCAGAGGUGGCAGAAGUGACUAGAACUGCGUAUGUCUUAGAGGUGACAGUGUUUAUAGUUUAUUAAAUAGUUGGUACAGAUGCCCUUAUGAAAACUUUCAAGCCAGGCAUGGUGGCAAAUGCCUGUAAUCCCAGUUUUAGGUGGAGACAAGAGGGUUAGAGGUUCAAGGUUAGCCUGGGCUAUAUGAGA